AUGAAUGGGAGGCAUGGGUUUGCGGUGGCGAGGCCUUGUCACGCGCCGGGUUCUGACUGGACUCUGUCGGAGUUGGACGCUCUGUUGCUGAUCGGUACGGUGGGUCACACCCUCAGUUUGGCUUCCAGCAGCUUCAUAGAGGAGGAACACCAGACCUGGUACUUCCUGCUCAACACGCUGUGCCUGGCCGUCUUCCAGGACGUCUGCAGGAAGUACUUCAGGGAACAGCGAUGUCGGGAUGAGGAAGAGGACGAGGGGCCUUUGCUUCCUUCCGGUGCCGAGGAAGGGCCGUCAUUCUCCCCGGCGGCAGAGCUGGGGAUGAGUCUCGGCUCGGAGAAGUGGCUGGCCCUGGCAACCCCGCUGCUGACCUUGACCUGCUGUCGCCUGCUGAGGUCACUGAACCAGACCGGAGUGCAGUGGGCACACCUGCCAGACUUUGGACACUGGCUCAACAGUGGGGAUCAUAAGGUGUUCCUCUCCGUGUUGGCAGCGGUGUCUCUGGUUCUGAUCUUCCUCCUGGUUCAGCGUCACUGCUCGCUGGUGUCUAAGAUCGCUCUGGCUCUCGGCCUGCUCGGAGUUUACAGCUAUCGCGCCGCCGUCGGAAACGUCCUGUUCCCAUGGCAACACAGCAGCCGUGCCGUCUCCAAAGGAACCGUCGGCGCGAUUCGUCUCACGUUUGCGUCCUCGGCAUCUUGUUCACCGGCGUGA